UAUGAAAUCACGACAGUCAAAUUUUGAAACGUAAACAAGUGUUGGUUAAACACGAUAGGAUUUUUUUUUCGCAAUUGCGAUGAUGGGGAAUGAUGAUAGCGAUGAAGAUUUUGAUUUUGAUUUAGAUGAAGUGGUUAAAAUCGCGACUCAACAAAAUGUCAAAGAAGUAGAAGUCGUUUCAAAUCACACGUCCAAAGCAAUUCACAGCACUCUCCAGUCCAAAAAUUGUGUAGAAGAGGAUUGGGGAAAUGAUGAUGAUAUCUUUGAAGAGAUUCCAAAUUUACCUAAAACAGUUGAUCCUUAUCCAAAAACCAGUUCCUUGAUUUCACAACAGCAGCAGCAACGCCCAAGUUCAGUUUUGAAGGAUAAACCAAUUCAUCAACACAGGAAUACAGACUUCUUGAAUAAUACCAUGAACUCUCAAGGAAGUACAAGUAAUUCCCUGAAGCCACAACAAACCACUCAUGAUUUAAAAUUACAUGACAGACCAGAAAUUGAAAAAGGUCCAGCGAAAUUUCCAGGCCCAGCUGGGCUCUUCCAACUUGCCACCGAAAAUAAAUCAAGAGGAAAGGCCACAAAACCAAAUCAUCGAAACUUGGCCAAUAUGGAUGGUCUUUAUUGUUGGGACAAUGCUUUGUCUUUAUUGAAGGUCAAGAAUUCUUGGGAAAGCAGUAAGAUGAACUUGCAAAUGAUUAAAAAAACGAUUGACCCUGCAAUAAUAUACUUAACCGCGCCCUUAUUGGUUGUCGGAAUAUCCAAGAUCGAAUUCACGCCAAUUAUAUCGCAUGAAGUCAGUUGCGUCCUUCAAGAUCCAACGGGCGAAGUGAAAGGAGGCAUACUUCAAGAUGUUAUCACGGAUUAUGGGAAGCUGAUUCAAGUGGGUAGCGUUCUUGUGCUGCGUCGACCCAGUGUUCUUCACAUGACCCCAAACUGCUUCGUCACCAUUACCAAAAAGUGUUUAAUCGGGAUUUUUUCUUCACAAACAAACGAGAUUACCCAGUUACGAAAAUUUGCCAAGGAAGAUCUCAUUACAUGGUUGUCUGAACCGGUUAUUUAUGGUGAUCCGGUAAUGACCAGCGCGGAAGCGUCGGAAGUGGAACCAAUCGAGCCUCCAAUGACGUUAUUUACUUCGGCGGGUUCGGCAUUAGCAGCGACGACCAUGACCCGUUUCGGAACCCCUUCCAUUGUCCACAGGGGUAACGAACGGCUUACAACUCCCUCAAAUUACAACCGCACGAGACCGCCAAUAAAUCUGCCACCACGGCCGGCGUUUAAUACGACACCUCGACCGCCAAUCAGCACGACACCACGUCCAUCCAUCAGGCCAUCCCUAAAUCCAAUUGCACAGCCCAUUCGUCCGCCAAGUGGCAGCCAAUUCAGCUUCAAAUCUCCAUCUGCAGUUGUUUCGACACCUCGUCCGGCACCUUACCAUCAACCAAAUCGAUCGUCGCCCGUCCUCAACGCCUCUCCUUCCAUCGCCACAGGUUCUGGUAACAAAUCUGAAAAUGCGGAUGAAAAUUUCCUCUCACAAUUUCUCCAGGGAGUGGACACAGACUCUUUGUUUGAUGAUUUUUAAAGACAAUGUCUGGAAUGUAACAUAAGUUAAAUGUCACCAAAAUUCUGAAGUCAGUUUGUUAUUAAAAUGAAAGAUAAAAACUGUGAUUUACUUUCCUUUUCUUUGAAGAUCAGAUGAAGAUUAUAGGAAUUUCUCUCAUCGACUUUUUAGAAAUUACCAUCUAACUAAACAAAAUAACUAAAAAAAAAAUUCAAGAGGGAAGAAAUUAAUACAACGUUAACCAAUUCAGAUUAAAGUUUUCAGAAACCAUUCAGUUUUCAACAAUAGUUUACCAAAUCAUUUGUUUUUUAUAUUGGUUUGCAUUUGAAUUAAAUCGACAUUCGACAAAACUUCAUCAAUAUUCUGUGCGAUGAGACGAAUAAAAGGGCGGUGGUAUUAAUAGAAAGAAAAGAAUCUGUCAAACAAAACGAAGGCCGAAAAUCGUGAAAGAAUCGUCUAGUUACGAAAAUGUUUAAUUCUUGAAAUUUUGUUU